AAAAAACAGUCCCUAGCUAGCAUUGUUAAGUGUUUGCUUUUUACUAGAAAUAUGUUAGUGCAGAAUUGUUGGAAGAAAUUUAGAAAUAGCAAGCUUAGGGUGCACUUUUUCUGUAGUACAAAAGUCUAUUUUCCCUCUUUCAAUUUUUACUAACAUAUUAUUAGAAUUCUACUUCAUAUAGAUGGAUGGUGCACGCAUAUUGGAUUUGCAUAGAAAGAUACAAAGACUGCAAAUGGCUACAAUUUAUGUUGUAUGCAUUGUAGUUUAUCAUUUCAUAACCAAAAGUGCUCGAAAUAGAAUACCAAGUCAUGCUCUAAUCAUAGAGAGAGAGAAAGAACGAACUAAAACAAUGAAAAAACUUGAUACUAAUGAGGGUCGUAAAAUAAUUAGAAUGGGUCCAAAAGCUUUUAUGGACCUAUGUGCCAUGCUACAGAGUGAGGGUGGUCUUUUGCCAACACAACGUGCGUGUGUAGAGGAACAAGUGGCAAAAACCCUCCAUAUCCUAACACACGGUAUGAAAAGUCAAGUGGUUCAGUUUUGGUUUCAACGUUCCGGUGAAACUAUAAGUCGCCAUUUUCAUCGUGUGCUUAAAUCAAUUAUUUCUCUAGAGGGAAAGUAUCUCAAACAACCGGAUGGCUCACUGAUACCUUCAACAAUUCUAGGGAGCAGUCGAUUUUAUCCUUAUUUUGAGGUAUAAAUUAUUUUAAUUUUUUAUUUAGAAACAUAAUUUUCCGAUAAAAUAAUUAAUACAAUAAAUUCACACUUUUAGGAUUGUGUCGGGGCAAUCGAUUGUACCCAUGUCCGUGUAAGAGUUCCAUCAGCUGAUGCUCCUAGAUACCGAGGUAGGAAAGAAUUCCCAACACAAAAUGUGUUGGCUGCGUGCUCUUUUGACUUGCAAUUUACUUACGUUUUGGCCGGGUGGGAGGGAACUGCAUCAGAUUCAAGGAUUUUAAGAGAUGCAUUAAGCCGAACAAGCUGUUUGAAAAUACCGGAAGGUAAUUAAAAUGUUUUUUAUUAUUACUAUACACGUGCUCAUAUAUAAACGUUAUUAAUAACACUUUUUAAUAGGUAAAUAUUACCUUCUUGAUGCUGGGUUUAUGCUAAGAAAAGGACUCAUUACACCAUUUAGAUCAACACGUUAUCACUUGAAGGAAUGGUCCUCAAGAAAUCCACCUCGAACAGCUCAAGAACUAUUCAACCAUCGACAUGCAUCCUUGCGUAAUGCCAUUGAGAGAUGCUUUUCUAUUUGGAAGAAGAGAUUUCCUAUUAUUGCGACCGGAAGAGAAGCACACUAUGGCGUGAAGACACAAAAUAGGAUUAUCAUAGCAUCAUGCAUUUUGCACAACUAUCUCAUGGUAUCGGAUCCUGAUGAAGAGUUAAUGGCUGAAGUUGAUGCAGACAUGGCCAAUCAAAAUGAAGCUCAAAUUUCUAGUAAUGUGGAACACAACGAGAUUGAAGAACAUACUCAUUUAGGAGAGAACUUGAGAAAUGCUAUAGCUAAUUCUAUGUGGGCAGAUUACAUGUCGUGAUGUUUAUUUUUUGAUUAGGAGUGAACUUGAGAAUUGUUCUAUGGUUGUUUCAAACUUGAAAGAUAUUUUGGCUUUUUGAUUGUGUUGAUUGAUAGUUAAAUGCUUGUCAUUGAUGCAUAGUUUAUUUUAAAUCAGAUGUUAUUAUUAAAUUUUUUCUUAGAACUAAUAUAAUGGAUCUAUAGAGAUGGAAAGUAAUGCAACUACCAGUUCUGAGAGUGUGAAGACAACAAUAAAGAAGUACACGAUGGACAGAGAGAUAUGGACAGCAGAAAUGGACAAUGAACUUGUUAAUUCAUUCCUACAUCAACACAAUGAAGGGAAUAGAGUGAGCGGGACAUUCACCACAAAGGCUUACAUGUCAAUCACUAGUGACUUGCAAAAUAAGUUCGGAAGACCUUUCAAGAAAGAUAAGGUGAAGGGGAGAUGGAAGUUACUAAAAAGAAAUUUUACAAAGUGUUAUGAUUUAUUCAAAAAUCUCAGUGGCUUUGCUUGGGAUCCAAUCUCAAAACGUUGGUUGGCUGAACCUGAAGUCUGGAAAACACUAGUAGAGGCUCACCCCGAUGCUGAAGAGUGGAUGAGGAAACCGAUUGCGAACUACGACAAGAUGGUGAUUAUAUGUGGAGAAGACCGAGCAUACGGAGGGAUGUCAGAAACCGGUGAGGAUAUUAGGAAUGAUAAAUCAUUUGGUGCAGAUUCGAUUGAGACUAGUGAUAGUUUACAAGAAGGUGUCAAUGAUGUUGAUGUCACAUCACCUCAGAUCAGAGUCCGAGAUGAACCUAAGUCCAAGCGGCCAAAGAAAUCCAAGGAUAAGGUUGAAGAUGGAGGAGUAACCGCAGCACUUAUGACGAUUGCUGAAGCUUUUAAGGAUAGCACUUCUGCGCUUCGUGAGAGCACGUUAGCUUAUGAAAAAUCUCAUCAAAAGCUUCCGAUUUCUGAAGUUGAGCUUUGGAAGCUUUUGGAGGAUUUGCAUAUUGAAAAUCAUUUGAUCAACCGAGCAUAUCUGUACCUUCUCAACAAUCCUGAUAUGAUCAAAGGACUCAUUGGAUGCCCGAAGAAUAAACAGAAGGAGUUGCUUAUUGAAAUGGUGUUUGGUCCACCGGCAUCUACUACCAGGCCAUAUUAGUGAAGGCAAGUGUGUGUGAAAGUCGAGCUUAUUUGGAGUGCAUUGACUUCUUUAUGUUAUUGAUUGGAAUGCGCUAGAUUAAUAUAACUGCAAGUACUUGAAAUAAAAUGUGAAACAUAAUACGCUGAG